GGUGAAUAUUUUUUCUGAACCAUUUCAUCGGAACGUAGUGAGGGUUUGUUUACUUUCAUUUCUUAGCUGGAAGUGGUACAAAGUCUUUCCAGGAUUAAAGGAUUAAUAAAGAAUAAAUAUUACAAGAUGAUACAUACAAUUUGAAACAGGUGUGUUAAGAUUGUCCCACAUUAAAGGAAACAAACAAACAUAGCAAAGCCUGAACAUACAUCGAAAUCGAACAAAUGUAUAAAAAUCAUGAAUAGCUUAUUGCAUUGUCCAGCGCGUUUCUCUGGUGCCUACAACAGACAGGAGGUACAACAAUUUAUUAAAUUCAUAAAAGCCUAUAAAGACGUAAAGUGCAUAACGGAUGAGCAGGCAUUAUUGGAAUUUAAUUAUAUUUUGACAGAUAAUGCUUUCAGAUGGUGGUUGAAAACAAAAAGUACAAUUUCAACAUGGUCUGAAGCUCUGUAUGCUUUGGAAAAUCAAUAUUCAAAUGAAAGACCUAACCACGUCAUAUACAGUAAUAUGUUUGAAUUAAGCAGGAAGGACAGAAAUAAUAUGGACGAUAUCAUUGGUGACCAAUAUGAGCUCAUGGAGGAAUUGACAAAUCUGCCCCUUGUGAAUGAGCAACACAAACUAGAGUUCAUAUAUGGUAUGCUGCCUAAUAGACUGCAGACGAUGACGAAAUUUACUGCAACAUCUUUAGACGCAUUCAAAGAAAACUUAAGAAAAGAAAACAAUGGCUUGUAUAAAACCGAUGUUCAAAUGGAACCUACAGAAACAAACAUCGUCGCAUUUUCAUAUAAACGCCAAGAACAAGAUUGUAAUGUUUCGAAACACGUUACAGAAGCUGAGCUAAUGACUUUGGUUUUAUCCGAACCAUUACACAGCGUUAUAGCUGACACUGCAAAUACAGAAAAUCAUCAAAACCUCCAAAUUAUUUCUGUAAGAUCGGCUGUUGACAUUUUCGAAGAUUAUCAAAAUAUACAACGUAAAGAAGUCGUAAAUUCAAACGAGAAUCCAGGAAAUUCAAAUAAAAAAAAUCGUAACAAAAGACCACGUUGCAAAUUUUGUCGCGGUCGUACGCACACGGUGGAAAGAUGCUUAAAGCUAAUUGCAAGAAAUCUCAAAAGACAACUAAGUCAAGAAACCGAAAAGAAUAAGAAAGACAUAAAACUUUUACAUGAUCAAAAAUAAAAUGGAAUCCAAGCUGAAUUUGAAUGCCAUUAUUAAUAACAUAUUAUGCAAAUACAACACGUUAUUAGACUGUCCAGUAAAAUUUUGUGGCGAUUAUGGUGGGCAGAAGAUACAACAAUUUAUCGAAUAUAUAGAGUCAUAUAAAAAAAUAAAAUCUAUAUCGGACGAACAAGCUCUAGGUGAAUUGGGUUAUUUGUUAACUGAGCAUGCCCACUCUUGGUGGCAACGAAGAAAAAGCCAUUUUACUACAUGGUCUGAGGCUCUGACUGCUUUGCACAAUCAAUAUGGUCGCCAAAGGCCGGCAUUUUUAGUUUAUAAAGAUAUAUUUGAGCAUAAAUAUGAAGAUUACGCCAUGGAAACAGAAUUCAUAGACGAUAAGUAUGAAUUAUUAACUGAAUUAUCUGAUCCAAAGCAAAGUGAAAAGAAUAAAUUUGAUAUGAUUUUCGCAUUGUUACCCAAAGAAGUUCAAACAAAACUAGAAUAUGGAAGUAUUACAAGUGUAAGCGAAUUAAGGCAAGAAAUAUUAAAGUUAAAAUUAAAAGAGAGUAAUGAAACAAAUGUUACAACAGCAAAUUCAAGCGAAAAUAGUAACCUUGUCAAUGGUGUGCACGAUAUUGAGCCUAAAGAAGAAAACAUUAGCUGUGUGUCGCAGACUGACACAGUACAAAAAGAUAUCGAUCCAAAUGAAUGUGGCGAGGUAGUGCCAGCAACAACUUGUAUAGUCAACGAUAAGGAUCCCGUGAUUAAGGUCAGACGUACGGAAGAUCUGAUGCCACCACUUGUUAAAAAAGAGAGUAAUAACGAGGACGAUACUACUAUGGCUGGACCACAAGAAGAAUUUAUAGCAAUUAAUCAAACAUCAACAACACAUGAUAAUGUUAAUUUUCAAAUAGACAUCGAUAUUAUGGACCAGAUCAAUACAAUCAUAGACGAAUCAGAAAUGAACUGUGAAAGUAACCAUAGUGGACAUAAUUCCCCAAUUAUGUCUGUACAGGAGAGUUCAAGUCCAACCGUUGGUUUUUUACUCAACGGAGAAACCACUAUUCACGCAGAAGUUUCAAAGAAACCCCAUCCGGCUGUCUCCGCUGGGGGUCGCCCAACUAUACGUAAAAUGAAACUACGUUGUACUUAUUGUCGCAAAUACAAUCACAUAGCGCAAGAUUGUAUUAAGAGAACUAGACACAUGCAACUAUUUCCGGAAAAAUUUCUACCAACUUCCAAAAUAUCUGGGGAUGAAAUUAAGGGCAACAAGGAGAUAAGUUCUAAAAGUAACAAUGACGUGAAUGUUCUGCCCUUAUCCAACGAAAGUACGUCUACAGCAUAUUCUACAUCAAAUGCAUUCACCAACGUGCCUACCUCAUUAACGUAUACUGUGACUAGUACAGCCACUAUGGUAUCUCCCACAAUUACCACUACUGUUGCUGCAACAUCUAUUCCCACCGUCACACAAAAUAAUGUAUCAAUGUCUCAAGCUACAUCUCACAUCACCAUAAUGACCUCGAACCCGCCAACUCCCACAGCAUCAUUAACCACCAAGCUGAUAGCACCAAUAAAUGGUCCGUGCCCAAGUAAACUAUUAGCUGCCAAACUUCGAAAUAGCAAUACACCCUCAUCCCGAUGCCAUCAGUGUGGGACGGCUGGUUUUUACAAAAGUAUUUGCCCCAAUUGCAGUCCUAUAUAUAAUUGCAAUCAACAGUAUAAAUAAUGUCUUAUCCACUAGUAGUUAUUGAAAAAAUUGGCAGGGCCUUAUACAAAUGUAUUUUUAAAAUUUACAAAUCUGUAAUCAAGAUUUAUUAUGUCGAAGAUAAAGAGUGAAUAUAAAUUUUAUAAAUGUUAUUUAAUUGUUUUGUAUUUUUCGUAUGCGAUCUGUUAAAUUAGAAAUAAAAAAUUGUAUACAUUUUGUAAAAGUCAAGGUGUUAUUAAAUAAAUCGGAAGUAUUAAGUAGAAAAUGGAU